CGACCUGAAGUGUGCACGGUUUGAACACAGCAGACGUGUAACGACCAGUUUCAGUGUGACAUCAUUACGAGAAAUUCAAGAUUUUUGUCUCAGCCUUUUCAGGUGAUGCAGUAUGACAUCAACGCUACUAAAAGGAACAAUCCUAGGUUCUCCAGAAGAUAUCAUCUGCAGGCUGUGCAAACAGCCGUUCUCCUCCCCAAAACUUCUGACGUGUCUCCAUUCGUUCUGCCAGCUUUGUAUUGAAGAACGUCUUACAACCGAGGGCGGAGAACAUGUCUUCCAAUGUCCUCUGUGCAAGCAUCAAACACGAUUACAGACGAAAUCAGCGAGCUCCCUAGCAACAAGCUUCUAUGUACUCGGGCGUCAAAGGGUAUAUGCUUGUCGCACGUCAAACGCAUCAGGCUGCGUGGUUUGUUCGCUGAAAGGCGACUUUUCUGACUCAACUCACCAUUGUUUGGAUUGUGGCGACACACUUUGUAAAACAUGUUCCACGGGACAUAACUCUUCAACUCUUACUGCAACACAUCGAGUGGUCUCCCUUGAUGAGCUCAAGGAGGGUCACUACGACAGACAUCUGUUACAGAGAGAGGAAUGGAUUUGUGAAAAACAUUUCGAGGGUUUGGCGAUUUUCUGUCAGACAUGUUCUGGGGCAUUGUGUGUUCAAUGUGUCAUUGCUGAACACACGGAACACCAGUUCGAGACUGUGGGUGAGACUGUCGAAAAGAGACGUCAGUCCAUGAAGCAGGCACUGACAAUGGUGGUAGCCACGUCUUCCAAUAUCCAGACCUCUGCCAACACACUACAAGCAGAGAUAGAUCAGUUGAACAAAGAGGAAGAGAUAUUUGUAAGUGACCUGACUUCAUCAGUUGAGGCAGUGAUGGAGAAGAUCGGGGGGAAGAGUUCUGAGGUGUUGGAGAAGGGCAGGAGAAGUUUUGAGGACGGGAGGAUGAAGAGACAAAGGAUGCUGGAGUUGAUGAAUUCGGAGUCUGAAAGGAGGGAGGAGAUUGCCAGAGUGUGUCGACAGGUGGAAGACGGUGAUGAUCUGACUCUCCUUUUGAUGUGCAAAACCCUCGAAGAAGGGUUGAAAGGGGUUACGAAGUUUAAACAGUUCACAAAGGCAGUUGAUAAUGUGUCUGCCAGAGAACCUCUGACAAAGUUCAAUAUGGACAUCUCCUUACCACUUGAUACUGAAUUCUUGACAUUGGCUGAAAUAUCCGUGACAGGCGACCACUUGCCUUUAUCCAGCCCAAUGCCUAAUGUUAACGUUUCUCGCACUCUUGGAUCAGCCAAAGAAAGUGAUGACCUACCAAACUCUGACUUCAAGCGCUUGACAUCCAAUUUACCCGGAGCGGGUUCUGGCAAGGUUGAGACAAGGACUCCUUCACGCAGGGCUGUUAGUGAACCAUCAGAACACCGUCAACAAACAGAUGUCGAACAUCCACAGACCAGUAAACCCGCAGUGACAGGUCACAAAGGACAUGUCCAUGAAAGCAGUCCUGUCCUUCCUUCAGUCCUGGAACAGGAGCUGGUGGUGGACACAACCAGUGAGGAAGGAAGUGAGAAGAACGAUGGAGUUGAGGAGGUUGAUCAAGAGACACAGUACAUGCUAUACAAACGUCAGUUCAGUGUUCACAUAGGAACAGACCGUUCGCAGACAAUGUUGUCCUGCAUGGCUCUACGUCCUAAUGGAACCCUCCAAGUUCUAGACGAACCCAAUACAAAAUUAAAAGUCUUUCAAACCAAUGGUCAGUUUGUAUAUUCAGUUUUACAAAAAGGAAAAUGUCAGUUGUUUAAACAGUUUGUGCAUUUUGGCGAUGGCGACAUGAUUUUUGCUAUUUAUGAAAACAACCUGUUGAUCUUAACACGUCAUUUAAAGAUUGUGUCUGAACAGCUGCUGAUGCAAAAACAGGACAUGGUUUGUGAACCUAUUGUGGCUAACUUUGGUGAGCACAUUCUUAUCGGUAAUCUGCCACACAGGGAGAUGAGAGUGAUGACUACAUCAGGGAAGGUGAUCAGAAAGUGGUCCAGUCAGGUCACCGGCGUGAUGGCGUCACUGAGACACGUGGCAGACGAUGCGGUCAUCUCCUGCACAUGGGAAGGAAAAGGUGCCGUAUGUCUGGAGUCUGAGGCAGAUGGUUGUCUGCUUAAAAUCAAUGGACGAAAACGGAAUGGCAUGAAGUGGCGACCAUCACACGCAAUCUUCGGCAUAAAGGGUCAAACGAUUGUGUCUGAUAUGCACAGGAAUGACAUCUUGAUUUUCUCUCCUCGGGGAAAAGCUUUGUGCGUUGUUGACACGUUACAGAACCAUUUGUCGCAACCCAACUGUUUGCUGUUAGGGGAUGGUGGAAAUGUGUAUGUUUCGUGUAAAGAUGGAGUGAUAGCGGUGUAUGAAUUACAGUAAAACUACUGUAUCCUUUAAAAGGUGCAAGAUUGAAUUGCCAUAUUUUUGCAUUCCUUGAAUGCUAUUAUUUAUGUUGAAUUGAAAAAUAAUUUUCAAAAUAUGUGAAAAUAUAACACAACAGGGAAACAAAAUGGUUUGUCUGGUCAGAUUCAAUUGUUCACUUGGCUGGAAUCUUGAUGAGCAUGUCGUUAAACAACAUGCAGUCAAACACUGGCCGUGGCUAUUACACGGAUGUUUCGCGCUUCCACGAUAUAACGCUUAUCACAGCAUGUGUUCUCAAACUUUCUGUUUUGUAGCCUUAAUAUGGACAAUAGGUUGAUUUAUGUCUUUGACACAGAUUCACGAGUUUCCUGACAUUUUCUAAAUACAAAGAGCUGAUGUUUAAACAUUCUUUGACUUCCGUUUCUCUAGACUUUCCUUGUGGCUCAUUGUUACUAUUGUCGCUGAUUGAACACGUGGGCUUAUAUGAUUAUACAUGAGUAUAUGUCAUGCCUAUAUAUUAUUAUAGGUGAUCAUGCCUGAGCAUACAUGGGUAUAGGUCAAUAUACAUGAGUAUAGGUGUUUAUACGCGAGUAUAGGUGAUAAUACAUGAGUAUAUGCAUUAUUAUAGGUGAUUAUACCUCAGUAUACAUGAGUACAGGUGAUUAUACACACGUAUAGGUCAUUAUACACGAGUGUAGGUCAUUAUACCUGAGUAAUGGUGAUUAUACCUGAUCAUAGGUCAUUAUACCUGAGCCUACAAUAGUAUAGAUGAUUAUAUACAUGGUUUCAUAAAGCGAGUGUCAGCAUGUUCUUGUUUCCCGAGCGAGACAACAUUCAAUUCGUAACAUCCAUGCGACACAAACACACUGAUGUAUGUUUUCGUUUUAAAAUAUCUGGUUCUACUCGUGUCAAGUGCUGCACAGCGCUGUAAUCCCAAUCAGCUGUAGACAUACAAGAGAUCAAACGUUCACGAGAUAACUGCGGCUAGACAUUACAACAUUCAAAAUAGAAAUUACCGUACGUCUUUGAAAAACAACCCUGGUCAGAAGCCGACAAACCGAAAGAUAUAUCUGAAGCGAAAACAAAUUCUCAACCAAAGUAAAACUUUUUAAUUGAUCUCACCAACUUUUGAAUCAAACUGGUGAAAAAAUUAUGAAAACGCCUCUGUUACGACGUAAAUUGUAAUAAAAAGGUAAAUUGUAAUAAUUUUGACGUAAAUUGUAAUAACAACGUAAAUUGUAAUCA